AACGACUUGAGCGGUGGGAAAGUGGGGAGAAAGACUUUACGCAGCACUGGCACUGCCCCAGGGUGAAGGGUGCCGCUGAGGUUCCCGCCUCCAGCGCACAUCCGUGCCCUAGGAGGUGGGGCUGUCGGUACACUCACGGGUUAAGGUUCCAGCUUUCACCUGAGGGCUGGAGGUUUCCGCGGCGCACGUGCAAUGGAUACCCCCACCCCCUUGGGGGGCGGGGUCGUGUUCAGAGCCAAUGAGAGCUUGGGGGGCGGAGGAGUAGGGAAGCUUCCAGAGGCAGAUGCGGAGAAGAUUAUAAAGGAGGUACCGACCGGCCGGCGGAGAGAGCCAUGCAGUCCAAGCGGGAGUGUGAGCUAUGGUGUGAGAGGGUGAAUCCAGAGAACAAGGCCGCGUUGGAGGCGUGGGUCAGGGAGACCGGCAUCCGCCUGGUGCAGGUGAACGGGCAGAGGAAGUAUGGCGGGCCACCCCCAGGCUGGGUGGGCAGCCCGCCGCCAGCCGGGUCCGAAGUGUUUAUCGGACGGCUGCCUCAGGACGUGUACGAGCACCAGCUGAUCCCACUGUUCCAGCGCGUGGGCCGCCUCUACGAGUUCCGCCUGAUGAUGACCUUCAGCGGCCUGAACCGCGGCUUCGCCUACGCGCGCUACAGUUCGCGGCGCGGCGCCCAGGCAGCCAUCGCCACGCUGCACAACCACCCGCUGCGGCCGUCCUGCCCGCUGCUCGUGUGCCGCAGCACGGAGAAGUGCGAGCUGAGUGUGGACGGGCUGCCUCCGGGUCUGAGCCGCCGCGCGCUGCUGCUCGCGCUGCAGCCCCUGGGUUCCGGCCUGCAGGAGGCGCUGCUAAUGCCCAGCCCCGGGCCGGCGCCCGCGCAAAUUGCGCUGCUCAAGUUCAACUCGCACCGCGCGGCCGCCAUGGCCAAAAAAGCCCUGGUGGAAGGGCAGUCCCGCCUCUGUGGAGAGCAAGUGGCCGUGGAGUGGCUUAAGCCAGACCUGAAGCAGCGACUCCGCCAGCAGCUCAUGGGUCCCUCCCUGCAGUGCCUACAGCCAGAGGGCAGUCGACUGGCCCCAGCCGGGGACAAGCUAGAGUCCCACCGGCCUCGGGCUGCCCUGCAGCUGUUGUGCCAAAGGAUGAAGCUGGGCAGCCCCGUGUUCCUCACCAAGUGUCUAGGCACAGGCCCUGCCGGCUGGCACCGCUUCUGGUACCAGGUGGUGAUCCCCGGGCACCCAGUGCCCUUCAGUGGCCUCAUCUGGGUGGUGCUGGCCCCAGACGGGCAGGAUGGGCACGAGGUAGCUAAGGAUGCAGUGUCUGCCAGGCUGGUAGAGGCACUGAGUGAGUCCAGAGCCAGCUUUCUCCGGUCUGCUGGGGCUGAGGCAGGUACCAUGGUUAAGCAGUGACCCUGUCCUCUUCACAGGCAGUCUGUACGAGUUAGCAGAGCCUGUCAGUCUCCAGCCCAGCAGGCCUGGGCAGCCACCAUCUGUCCUCAAAGAGGAGGAGCGUGGGCCCUGCCCUACCUCUGACAGCCUCCCAGCUGGGGCAGGGCCCCAGUACACCAGGAAAGCUCAGGGUUGGCUAAGUUGUGGUGA